GACGGAGAGUCUGUUUUCAGAUCAACCUAAAAGCCUAUCGUCGUCGUCGUCUCAAGUCGCAUUAGCUCUUUCAAAAAUCCGAUAGUUUCUGGCUGCGAUGCCGCCGAAGAGAAAUUUCAGGAAGCGUAGCUUCGAGGAGGAAGAAGAAGAUAAUGAUGUAAACAAAGCCGCAAUUUCAGAGGAAGAAGAGAAGCGAAGAUUGGCGUUAGAGGAGGUGAAGUUUUUGCAGAAGCUGCGAGAGAGGAAAUUAGGUAUCCCAGCUUUAUCUUCUACGGCGCAAUCUAGCAUCGGAAAAGUGAAACCAGUGGAGAAAACUGAAACUGAAGGAGAGAAAGAGGAGCUUGUGUUGCAAGAUACUUUUGCUCAAGAGACUGCUGUUUUGAUUGAAGAUCCCAACAUGGUAAAGUACAUUGAACAAGAAUUGGCGAAGAAACGGGGAAGAAAUAUUGAUGAUGCAGAGGAGGUUGAGAACGAAUUGAAGCGAGUGGAAGAUGAGUUAUAUAAGAUACCUGAUCAUCUUAAAGUCAAGAAGCGUAGCUCGGAAGAGAGCUCGACGCAGUGGACUACCGGAAUAGCAGAAGUCCAACUCCCAAUUGAAUACAAGCUGAAGAACAUUGAAGAAACUGAAGCUGCCAAGAAGCUUUUGCAAGAGAGGAGACUUAUGGGUCGGCCAAAGUCAGAGUUUAGUAUCCCGUCUAGUUAUAGUGCGGAUUACUUCCAACGCGGGAAAGAUUAUGCUGAGAAGCUUAGGAGAGAGCAUCCUGAGCUAUACAAAGAUAGAGGAGGACCUCAAGCGGACGGUGAAGCAGCUAAACCUUCUACUAGCAGUAGUACUAAUAAUAAUGCUGAUUCAGGGAAAAGCAGACAAGCAGCAACUGAUCAAAUCAUGUUGGAACGAUUUCGCAAGAGAGAGCGUAACCGUGUAAUGCGAAGAUAAAAGUAAAAACAUGUUUGCAGACUUCAUCCUUGACCGGGUAACAACACUCUUUUGGAUGUUAGAUUUAUGUUGUACUGGAAUUCUGUAACAUUUCAUUAAAAGAAAACAAAUCUUCGUUUACAUAGUUCAUAGUAAAAGUGUGCUUUCAGAAGUUUAAGUUGCUCUCAAAGCUCUAACCAAACUGCCAAUUCGAAGGAACGACAUUGAGUAGUGUCUUGAUUUUGCCAUUACUGGUUUGGAUUUUGAAUGGAAAGAC